AUGAAGAGGUUUACCGGCUGGAGAAGCUCCGCGGCAGAGGACGACGGCCAGCAGGCGUCGCCGCCGGAGCACUCCCCGACGAGGUCCCAGCUCUCGAACAACUCGACCAGCAGCCGGGGGGCCAGCAGCAGCCUCCGAUCGGGCUUUACGGCACCGAAGUCAAGAGAGCAAAGCCCUGCUCGAUUCGGGGCCGCCUCCGCCGACACACUAGGUGCCGCCACGGGCAGCAGCGGCGGGGCCGUGGUUGCCGUGUCGAGCAAGAAGAUGCUCAAGAUCGGAGCGAACGUGCGGUUUCGCGGGGACGUGAUGGAGUGCAACACGGUCGUCCUGUGCGGCCGACUACAGGGUUUCGUAGAGACUCAGCGGAUGACCAUAAAGGAAGGCGGGAUGUUUAUUGGCGACGCCAAGGUAGAGGAGGCGGACGUGUACGGGUCGUUAGACGGGUCGCUGGAGUCUUCCGCGAAGGUUUCCAUCCGUUCCACGGGAUCAGUCUCUGGCAACGUGAUCUACAAGAAGAUGACGAUGGAGGACGGUGGGGAACUCGAGGGGACAUUCGAGUGCAGCAACCGGGUAGGCGGGAGGCUACGCAACAGGGAAGGGUCGGCGACGGGGGGGGUGGGGGGGCUCCGUCGGGGGAGCCGGGAUGAUUCCGGCGCCUUGGCAGUACGGGAUAACCAAAAUACUAUCUCGCCGCCGGGCAAACAGUCCCCUAUCCUGUGGCAGAACGGGCAAGGAGCGGCGUAUGCAGGAGGGGCUGCGGCGGCUGCGGCGGCUGCGGGGGAGGAGGCGUGGGCAGGCGGAGGGCGGGUCGGUGCGGCCUUGGAACGCGCUGGCGGCGGCGGCGGCACCGGCACCGGCGCCGGUGGCAGCGGUAGCGGGUCCGUAAUGUCGUCGGUGGCUCGGUUAGAAGCGUCGCCGCGGGGUAACCCGGUCCCCCCCGGCGGCACGGCGGCGGCGACGACGCCCGUUGGCGUAGGCACCGGGGGAGGAGCGCUGAGAAGGAUCACCCCCACCGGCGCGGGCCUCUCUACCGCGGUGCGUGCGCCGUCGCCGCUAAGGCCUACCAGGGGGCUGCAGGUGCAGGGCCUGGGGGCGGAGGCCGGGGAGUUGUUCUGUGAGGAGGCGGUGACGCCGGUCGGCGAGUCGGGGGCGGGGGUGACGAACCUGCCUUCGACGAGAAGCAGGCGUUUGUCCGCGACCGCGGGGGGUGGCGGCGGCGGCGGCGGCGGCGACGGCAGCGCGGAGGAAGAGGGCACGAGCGGCGGCGGCGGCACCAGCGUGGCCGCUAGGGUUGGCACGUGGCCACCGCCUUCUCCGGUGCCUUCUUCCACGCGGUUGUGGCAGAGGAGGACAGAGAACCACACUACUCCCGCGCCGGCGCCGAGCCCCGCACCCCCCUCCACCACGGCCGCCCCGCCCGCUCAAACCUCGGGCAGCGUAACCCAGAACACCGUCAAAUCCCUCGUGGAGUCCUACAAGCCCCCUUACCUGCAAGGGUCGACGACCGCGUCCCAGCGACAGCAGCAGGAGCAGCCCGGCUCUGUCUCUGCUGCGUCUCGCACGCUGGCGCCCCCCUCGGUUGCUGAUCUCGCGGGGAGUGGUCCGGUGGGCAACGGCGACGGCGUUGCCGGCGGCGGGGCGGGCGUGGGGCGAAUGGGGAUCCCGGCGGAAGAGAAGCUCGACAACUACGAAUCGGCGCUGGAGGAGGAGUCUGAUUCUGAUUCGGCGGCAAAGAUUUCGGGCCCAGUGAAAGCGUGCGAGGUUGAAGGCUGCACCCUGGAGGCUUGCUGGGGCGACCCGCGGUUCCGACCACGAUACUGUGCCAGGCACAAGAAGCAGGGGAACAAGCUCAUGAGCCCUGUGGAGGCGGAGGAGGGGGACAAAUCGGCCGCAUCCCCGGAAUCCUCCCCUCCGAUGGAACCGUUGCCGUCGCCGGCGAAACCGCUUACAGACUUGAAGCUCGGUGCGAGAGGCUUGCCAUCGGUACAGCGUGUCGAGCCUCCCAACGGUAGCGGCGGCGGCGGAGGCCACUCUACCGAAAGCGAUGGCUUGGAGAGCGAUGAGGACGAGGACGAGGGCUGGGAUAGCGGGGGCGGGGCGGCGGUUGUAGCGGCAGUAGGGGGACGGCUGGUGGCGGCAGCAAACGGAGGCUCGAACCUCGGAGGGACCAGCGGCGGUAGCGGCGGCGGAUUUAGCGGGGGCGGGGGCAGAGGUGGUGGUGGUGGUGGUGGUUUCGGGGUGCAGCCGGCGCUUCCGGUUGUGCAGGCGGAGCUCGUUGGUAACGACGACGAUCGUGGGCACCACAACCCUGACACAGAGGGCUAUGAUGAGCCAGAACCUGUAGGCUACGGAGGCUACGGCGCGGCCGGCGGCGGGGGGGGCGGGGGGGGCGCUGCAGAUGCCGAGGCCGAGGAUGCAGACGACGUUCAGGCCAGGGUCGCGGCGUACACACGGCUAGCCGGCAAGAAGCAGCCGCAGACGACCGCCCAUGUCCCCUCGCUUCCCAAGCCCAAGGCGCAGAAGCCGAAAAAACGGGCAUCCGCAACCAACAUCGCCGACUUUUACGGCGGCGGGGAGUCUGACGACGAUGAAGAGGGAACGGGGUACAGCAUGGAUGCCUACAACAAGGGCGUGUUGUUGAACCAGGCCGCGGAGGUGGGAACACACACGGAGGACGGGCAGCUUCGGCCGCAGGCGAGCUCGGAGCGCGACCAGCAGAAGCUCGCCCACCUCGUGAGGGUUGGAAAGCUAGGCGCCGCCCUCCGAGGGAAGGGCGUCACCUCGGGGAAGCGGCGCGGCGGCGGCGGCGGGCAUUUAUAUGGCCUGGCUGAGGUGGCGGGGGUGGGGUGGUAACGCGGAUUCCCAUCUGGCACACGGCUGGGUUGGGCGGACCGUAACGGAAGGGUGUAUUAGUCGUGCUUCCCUCCCUCCUCCCCCCGGCCUGCUGAACCGGGGCGAUGUCACGAGUCUGAAUGGAUUGACGGUUGGGGAAGUCGACGAGGUGAUGUGCAAUAGUGGCGGAGGGGCCGGUGUUGGGGGUUUGGUGGCGUGGUGUGCCGCAGGGAGUGGAAAGGGAGGUCCGUGAUUGGGAUACGGUUCGCAUGGGGGGGUGCUGUCUAUACCCCCCUCCCUCCGCCCCGUUGACGCUUUUGCGGUUCAUAAGGUGGGGUUGCAAGUGGCUAGAGACGAAGACACAUGACCGUCACCGUCCUGUACAACAUUGAAGUAGGAGGAUAAACCUUGCGCCUUCCUUUGCACCAACCGCCUGUCUGAACCGGGCCGCCUGGGCACUUGAAACAUUUAUCCUCCUGGAAAUUGCGGAGCGGAAGGUACGACAUGGCGGUUUCUGCUUUAUUUUUUGGGGUCUACGGCGCAAGUCGCGCGCAGAUUUGUUGCGACGUUGCGGAAAUGACUUUUUGCGGAGAGGUGCAGAUCGCGCCCGAGUGUUGGAGGGCUACGCUCAUGCUAGUGAACAAGCACCCUCUACCGGUUGCUUCCCGGGAAGCCUGCACACCCGUGCGGUUGUUACAGGGUAAAGAAAGGGGCGCGCGUGUGUAAACAGUGAAGGGGGGGUUGGGGUCGGGAGUAUAAGGUAUGUGUAUGCGCGUGUGUCUUGUGUGUGUCUGGCCGCGCGCCCGUUUCUGCGAUCGAGUCAACGGGGGAGUUAUUGGAUAGCAGGAGGGAGGGGAGGGCAUUCUUGUGCUGUUUGUUUCCGAGAGAGCUUGGGGGGGGGGGGAGUGUUGUGCAGACCUGUAGCGGGGGCCACGUACAUAUUUUUUUACAUAUAUGCCUAGACAUCUUGCUUACUCCCCCGGUGGUCUGCCUUGGAUAUUUUUCGGGGGUUUUUUGUUGUUAUUCCUCGAGGGUUUUUCAUUGCCGAGGGACCAUGCAGCAGUGCAUCGUCGACUCUCGACGCCUGGUUUUUUGUACACAGCAGGGGGGGGGCAAGAAAAACAAGAGGAACGGGAGAUAAUGCCAAGACGGGGCAAGAAGAGAAAAGAGAAGCGACUUCGUUCGGUGGUUGUUUUCUGUGUUCGUUCCCGUUGGAACAAGCGGCCGGGUUGGAAAGUGAAGUUGAAAGUGGUACGGUUCUUCUGUGGGUAUGCAUAGGUUGUGUAUCGUCUGGCCUUCGCUGUUGUGUCGCGAACGGCUCCAGCCGGGUUUGCCGUCUGCUGGUUUGUUGUCAUACGAAGCUUGACUGGAAUUUCUGGAGGGAGGAACGGCAAAUGGUGAAGGUAGGGGGCGGGGCCCAGCACGGCCAGAGGGCGUUUUUUUUUUUUUGUUCUGGACCGGGCAGGACAGGGCACAAGAAGCAAGCGUGUUGUUGGCGCGGUGGUAUAUUUUGUGGUCUCUCUCAUCCCUUCCUUAUCUUAUCUUUACCGGUGACACAUGCAUGUUACGUCGUUCAUCUUCGUCGUGUGCCGUAUCUGUUUGUUGGUUCGUUUUCAUUCAACAGCCUUUGAUCUUUUUUUUUGGGCAGGCA